GCUCUCCUUGCCUCUUUUUCCUCUUUUGCUUUCUCUCUCUGUUGCUCUGUCCAUCUCUGGCACUGAUCAACCAACUCUCCAGGGCUAAGGAGGAGAGGGAUUCUGAUUGGAGCAGAAGGGACAGACGGGUUGUUGAUGGUACUGGGAGGAGUUGAUGACAUUGCUGUAGUGGAUGACAGCUGAGAGAAAGAGGGGUUCUGUGUCCAGAUCAGCUGUGACAGCCUAGUGUUACCAUGGCUCUGGAGAGUUUCAACAAGCUCUUCCACAAACUGAGGGAGGCCCAUGAGCGAGAGGUCGAAGGAUGGCAAGAGACAUUUCAGGAGCUGACCAAUAAAAUGGGCUGUGAUACAAAGCAAAUGGAGGUGCUGUUUAUCAAGAACCAACAGCUGAAAGAGCACCAGCGGUUACUCACAGAAAACAUAAAACAGCUGGAAAACAGGUUGAGGGCGGGGCUGUGUGACAGGUGUACUGUCACUCAGGACGUGGCCAAGCGCAGGCAGCAGGAGUAUGAGACCUCCCAGAUCCAGAGCCUCCAUCACAUUUCUAUCCUGGUGGGAGAGAUUAACAAAAUGAAAAAGGAUAACCAGAGAUUGCAAGAAGAAAUCAGUCAUCUGAGAGGAGCACAAGAAGGUCAGAGUGGACAUUCCUCCUCCCAGGAUGCAACCCCGGAGGUCAGACAGUCUGCUGACCUUUCAUUUUCUGCUAUGCCACACACCACAGCCAUCAGGUCUCUCAGCCAGCCACCAGAGGUCGCCACUGCAGGGCUGUCCAUAGUCAAUACUCAGACGGACCACAGACGUUCCUUUGGAGCUGACGAGACAAUACUUGAACAUAGACAUGUGAAGGGAUGGAAUGGAAAACAAUCCUAUAAAUCCCAUAAGCCUCUCUCCAUGUCCACUCCCAUCCCACCAGCAUUGAGGCCAGAGCAAAGUACAGCCAAAAGCAACACUGAAGAGAAGAGUGUGGAAACAAUUGUCCAGCAGCGCUACCCUGUCGCUCCCUCCAUUCACCCCCACCGUCUUGUCCUGAAGAACAACCAUCUCCCUUCUUCCUCCGCUUUAUCCUCCUCCUCCUCUAUACCUGGAGAUGAGAAGCAAAGCCGUCACCUGGUCCAUGCCCCGAUCCCCUACCGGCCAUUUUCUAUCAAGAGUGCCCAUCUCUCCGUCCCCUGGCCCCUGCCCGAGCACUCCGACUGGGUCACUCUAGCCACCUCUGUGGGCGAUGGCCUGGUGGUCCACCCUGACCCUAACCCCAACCUUCGAAGCAUCCCCUACCUCCAGACCUUCCACCAGCAGAGCAGCAGCAACACCCAGAGCAGGAUGCAGAGCACUGGGGAGGCCUGGCACAAGCCUGGGAAGACCCCAGCCGCACGGGUCCAGGACCAGGACAGGCGGGGGGUGCGGCCCCCAUGGAGGGAUGUGGAGGUGCAGCCAGAGAGGGUGUUUGGGGAGGGUCUGAAAGAGGCUGACUCUCCUCUGGACCUGUCUGAUCCUGGGAGGUUCAAAAGCAGUAAAUCACCACAGGACAGCAAGCCCAGCCCUACACUGCAGGACUUGUACAUAGAGGGAGAGACAUCUAACAGGGCCACGAGGACAGACUCCUCCUCACAGAUCCAGGCCCAUCCUCCCUCUUCCUCCUCCUCCUCUUCUUCUCCACCUGCUCCUCCCUCAUCCUCCUCUUCUAUACCUCCCCCCAGCCAACAGAGGCAAAGCCCCAGCGAUCACAACCUCAAGGAGGAAGGGCAAUCAGAGAUGGAGGAAGCUGACGGGAAAGCAGAUCAAAGAACAGGAAAGGACUCUGAGGACAGGAAAGACCCUGUUCUGACCAUCUCACUGUGUCCAGUGGUGCUCCUUGAGGCUCUGAAUUCUGGAUUGCAGAAUAAACUUUACUCCAAUGGCAAGUCAGCCCAAAGCACUGCUCCAGGGAGCAACUCAGACGACCAGGAAGUGGAGAGCAGUCUGUCUGGGUCAGAGAGCAGCCAGAGCUCCAAAAGGAAGAGGACUGGGCUGGACACAGACACAGACACAGAGGUUUCUCAUCGGAAGGAGAGGAGGAUCAACCUUCUUCGUACAGUAACUGGGAAAGAGCCCAAGUGACACAGAUGACCAGUCAAGGAUAAAAUCACACUGAGCCAUGUGAUGUUCGAUGUAAAAAAGGAUCAAUCUAUCAGCUGUAUUCCACCCUCCUAAUCACCCCUCUCUGCAAUGGAGAUGUCUGUCUCACUGGAAUUGGAACAGAGGGACAGCCAGUGUCAACGACUUUAACAGAACUUCUUCCAUCUGACUGUUGUCCUUUCAGUAGAGGGUUCUUGCUAGUGGGCUUUAUGCAUUUCAAUGGAAUAAUCUUGAUAAUGGCUAACUAGAUAAUAACCUCGUGAUUAAUAUUGAAUUAUCCUCCAACUGAUAAAGAAUGUCUUUCACGCUGACUUCCCAGCAUUGCUGUUGUCUCAGAAGGCCAAACAGGGGGAGUCGCCACUCUACUACAGUACCUACUUUAUUUCUCUUUCACUCUGUCACUCUCUCUCUCUCUCUCUCUCUCUCUCUCUCUCUCUCUCUCUCUCUCCCACUC